AUGUCCCUCCCUCAACCACCACCUCAACCACCGCCAUCCCUCUCCUCCCUCCCCGAAGAACUCUCCGCCCUCAUCAUCCAGGCCCUCCCCUUCCAGGCCCUCGCAGCACUAAGCCAAACCAACCGAAAAUUCCACCGACUGUGUGAUUGGAAACUGGAUGAUUGGAAACUGGAUGAUCGGAAACUGGAAUGGUUCAAUAGAAUUAUGAACUCGACACUCUCUGAUCCAUGGAUUUUUUUCGAGAAGGUGCUUGAAUCCGUGGAAGAUGUAUUUUCGUUUUGUAAAGAGGAAAAGGGGAAAGAGAGGGGGAAGAGCGAUGAGCGGGUUGAGUGA